AUGGUGGACAGUGUUGAUCCGUUUGUCCAGGCGCAACAUGAUGAUCUUGGGGAGAUGCUGUCCGAGGUUAAGCUGAGCAGGGAUUCUGAAGACAGUCACAAUUGGAAGAUGACGGAAGAAGGUACGUUUACCGUUAAAUCUUGUUUCGGUUCAAUUUCAGCAGAGUUAAAUGUAGGAGAUAUGGUUGAUGAAGCCAUCCUGAAAGCUUUGAAUUUUUUGUGGAAAACUAAAGCUCCGGCUAAGUUAUCUUUCUUUGGUUGGAGAGUUAUUUUGAAUAGGAUAGCAACCAAAGAUCAACUCAUCAAACGUAAUGUUGUGUUGGACUCAAACGAUAAUCUUUGCGUAUUCUGUCACUUGCAUGAUGAAACUAUUUCCCAUCUUUUUGGAUCAUGCUCUUUCAUGGAAAACAUUUGGAAUUCUGUUUGUAAGUGGUUAGGAGAUGACAUGGUUCUGUCUGUGGAGGAUUUUAAGGCCUAUUUCUACCAUGCGGAGAAUAUCAUUCAGGUGGUUAAGAGGAAUAUAUUAGGUGUUGUUUGGCUGGUAACGAUUUGGAGUGCGUGGUUAGUGAGAAACAAUUGUAUUUUUAAUCUCAUCACUCCCUCUUUCGAUAAUUGUAUGUCCACCAUAGUGUUUAGAAUGUGA